AGGUAGUCCUUGAUACAGGUCUAUGUGUUCAUCAUUCUUAAGAUGCUACAGUGUGAUUUAGUAGGCUAGAAUAGUUUAUUCAGAAGAAUGCAAGAAAGACAGUUUGAAGGAAGAAAUCAUAACAAUGGUUAUUUUGGAUUGUAUUGCAGGUUGACUCACCAAUGAAUCUGAAACAUCCUCAUGAUUUAGUAAUAUUAAUGAGACAAGAAACAACUGUUAACUACCUCAAAGAGCUGGAGAAACAAUUAGUAGCUCAGAAGAUCCAUAUAGAGGAGAAUGAAGACAGAGAUACAGGAUUGGAACAAAGGCAUAAUAAAGAAGAUCCUGACUGUAUUAAAGCAAAGGUGCCCUUGGGGGAUUUGGAUCUCUAUGAUGGCACAUAUAUCACCUUAGAGAGCAAAGACAUCAGUCUUGAAGAUUAUGUAGACACAAAGUCUCCUUUACCUCUAGACCUAGAAGAACCAGAAUGUACUAAAAUUUUAGAUCUACCGUACAGCAUUCAUGCAUUUCAGCAUUUACGAGGUAUUCAAGAAAGAGUUAAUCUUUCUGCACCUUUGUUACCUAAAGAAGAUCCUGUAUUGAAUUACCUAUCAAGACGAUUAGGAAGAAGUAUAGAAGAGAUAGGACAUCGCAUAUACGAAGGUCUCUUGAAGAAUUCAUCUUCUUGGGUUUUAUACAAUAUGGCUUCCUUCUAUUGGAGAAUAAAGAAUGACCCAUAUCAAGUAGUAGAAUGUGCAAUGCGAGCUCUCCAUUUUUCUACAAGGCAUAAUAAAGAUGUUGCACUGAUAAAUCUGGCAAACGUGUUACACAGAGCACAUUUCUCUGCUGAUGCAGCUAUUGUAGUCCAUGCUGCUCUGGAUUACAGUGAUGUCUUCACCAGCUAUUAUACUUUAGGAAACAUAUAUGCAAUGCUUGGGGAAUACAACCACUCAGUUUUAUGUUAUGAUCAUGCUUUACAGGCCAAGCCAGGGUUUGAGCAAGCAAUUAAAAGGAAGCAUGCUGUCCUAUGCCAGCAAAAGCUUGAGCAGAAACUUGAAGCUCAACAUAGAUCACUUCAGCGAACAUUAAAUGAAUUGAAGGAAUAUCAGAAGCAACAUGACCAUUAUUUGAGGCAGCAGGAAAUCUUAGAAAAGCACAAACUGAUUCAGGAAGAGCAGAUCCUGAGAAAUAUUAUCCAUGAAACACAGAUGGCAAAAGAGGCACAAUUAGGAAACCAUCAGAUUUGUCGUUUGGGCAAUCAGCAGCACAGCUUGCAUUGCCAGUGGGACCAACCAGUCCGUUAUCACCGUGCUGACAUGUUUGAAAAUGUUGAAUAUGUUGAGUUUGGUGGUGAUUCUUCGAUUGCUACAAUGGCAUCUGUGAAUUCUGAACUUCAAGUCAACAGUAGUGACUUCAGCCAUUCCUUGGAGUCCUCCCCUUGGGUCCAUUCUGUAUUCUCAUUAUGGGGUUUGGAAGCUGAUGAUUAUAGGGAUAAGCAGAAUAUUAUGUGGCCUCAAAGAUCAGAUUGUGUAAAAACGUAUCCAGCUAUCCCUUCCCCAGAGGAAUUGCCAACUUAUAUCCUGCACCCAGAAAACAGGGGUCAAAGAAUUCAUUCAUUACUUGGCAAUCCAGGAGAAGAUCUCACACAGACAGAAUUUAAUGAGCCAGAUUGUUCUUCCAUUACUGAUAUCCCUAACAGUGACUCUGUGUAUUUCUUGAUCAAACAACUAAACAGUCAUCUAGAUCUAACAGAAAGAAUUCCAGAUGAUUAUGCAAAACAAAUCUUAUAUUCUCGUGUCAACAAUCACUCACUUACACAACAGCAAAUAGGAUCGUUCAUCUAUCAUGCCAUUUUAAAGGCAAGGGAACCCUUAUGGCUGGUACUCAAUGAGGCUAGCCUUUAUUGGCGUGCACUUGGAAAUGGCACCUUUGCCUUCACCUGCUUACGAAAAGCAUUUAACUUGACCCCUCAUGAAUUUCAAGAUAUCCCUUUAGUCAACCUAGCAAACCUUCUCAUUCAUUAUGGCCUUCACCUAGAUGCCAGCAAGCUUCUCCACAAAGCUUUAGCCAUCAAUGAUUCUGAGCCUCUGACUUUUUUGAGCUUAGGAAAUGCCUAUUUGGCUUUGAAGAAUGUCAGUGGGGCCUUACAGGUUUUCAGAAAUGCUCUAGAUAUUGCCACCAAAUGUCUGGAGUGUGAGAGGAACCUGAAGCUGAUCCGUUGUUUGCAGUUCUAUCCAUUUCUGUACAACAUCACGUCUUCCACCUGCAGUGGUUACUGUCAUGAGAAGAGUCAAGAUGACAACCAUGCUAAGCAGAAGUACUUUAACUCACAGGAUUCUGAUAUCAUAUUAAUAGAAGAAACUCUUAAAACGGCUGCUGAAGAUGAUUUGACAGAUCAGGUUCAUGGUUCAGCAAGGGAUUCAUCAUCUUUGACUUUAGAAAGUACUGUUAUUGCAGAAAACAAUGACUCAGAAGAAAUAGAAAACUUGGGAGAUGCUCAGAUGUCUGAGGAGAUGCUGGCAUUAGUGGAUGAAUUUGAAAACUCUUGGCCCCUUGAAGCUUUUGAAGGGGCACUGGAAGUAAAAGGCCAUCGGAUGGACUUGCAAGGGAUCCGUGUACUCAAGAAAGGUUCUCAAGAUGGACUUGCCAGCUCCUGUUUGGGAGACUGUGGAGAGGAUGAUGGUGAUGAUGGUGAAACUGAAUGGAUCACAUUUCAAGUAAAACGUGUAAAGAAACACAAACCAGAAAAUAUAGACCCACAAGAACCUGCUGCAAGAAUUGGAGAGGAAGGAGUAGCUGGAGAAAAUGAAAACCUUUACCAAAUGGCAUUGGAAAUCAGUGGGCCAAAAAUACCUUCCCCUGGGCCACCUGGAAGAAAGAAAGACUAUCGCAGCUUGGGUUGGCCAAGUCCUGAUGAGUGUAUUAAGUUCCGCAGGAUGGACCUUACUACUGUAGCCAGCACAUGGCUAGCUGUUUCUGCUAAAAAUAUUGACAUCACAGAGCACAUUGAUUUUGCCACUCCCCUGCAAGAGCCCGCCAUGGAGCCUCUCUGCAAUGCCAACCUGCCCUCCAGCAUGCAUACAUUGGAUCAUCUCCAUGGUGUUGCCAAUCGAGCCAGUCUUCAUUACAUGGGAGAGAGUCAACUGAAAGAGGUACUGCAGAAUCUUGGAAAAGACCGAUAUCCACCACAGUCUUUAGAACAAGUUGGUACUCGAAUAGCCAAAGUACUUGAAAAGAAUCAAACUUCUUGGAUCCUUUCCAGCAUGGCAGCCCUUUACUGGAGGGUAAAAGGUCAAGGGAAGAAAGCAAUUGAUUGCCUGCGGCAAGCCUUACAUCACACACCAUAUUACAUGAAGGAUGUGCCUCUCAUAAGUUUAGCAAAUAUCUUCCACAACGCAAAGCUUUGGAAUGAUGCUAUCAUUGUGGCUACAAUGGCAGUAGAAAUUGCCCCACACUUUGUCGUCAAUCAUUUCACCUUGGCUAAUGUUUAUGUAGCAAUGGAGGAGUUUGAGAAGGCAAUGCGGUGGUAUGAAUCUACACUGAAGCUUCAACCUGAAUUUGCACCAGCAAAGAAUCGAAUUCGUGCCAUUCAGUGUCAUUUACUCAUGAAAAACGAAAGACAUUCUCCUUAAAUAUUACAAUCUUCCUCCUUUUUUUUCCAAGAAAGCAAAAUAAUUGUUCAUUAAUAGACUUGAAAUGAGGUGAGCUAAUAGAAAUUGGAAAAUACUAUUUCUAGUAAGAAUCGGAGGUCAGUUAUAUUAUUCAGAAACAAGAAUAUCUUUGGAGAAACUAUAGUAAAUAUUAUACCAGACAAUUGUAUAAAUAAAUAUUGAGCCCAGAGAAUUUUCACGUGCCUGUGACCCAAACAUCAUUAGAUUUUCCACAAUACUUGAUUGGAUGCCAGCAUAAAAUUUAAUCUGCUUCUUGUCUUAGCACAUCUAUGAAAAUGCAAAGCACUUCAUUGCACCAGACACUAUAUGUAAGAGGAAAGCAUAAUUAACUUUUCACCCAUCAGGAGUUCAUAUUCUACUUCUUCACCCAGUCCAUUCUUUAGCAUUACCAGGUCAGAGAAAGAUAUUGAGAUAAAGCAGGAGAUUGCAAAUCACUUUAGUAUUUUAAGAACAAGCAGCCUUCUAUCUAUUGUUGCUUUUAUUGGGGGGUGGGGGGAAUAGUGAAAACAACAUUGUGUGAAAUCAUUUAUAUUAUGGUUUACAAGAAGAAAGAAAAAUAAGAAAGAAAUGUAAUUUCAAAGUUUUUUUUUUAAUCCAUUAUAUAUUAGAAGCCCUUUGCAGCCUUUAGCCUGUCUUUACUAAUUCUUUUACCCAACUGAGUGUAAAUUGCAAGUGUUAAAGGCAUACGCACACAUGUUCUUUCUCUGUAUGUCUAAACGCUUAAGUGAGACAGAGCAUGUUAGCAAACAGGACAAGUGGGCUGCUUCUUAAUCAGCAUCCAGUUUGGUCAACAAAAAGACCAAAUUGCAGAUGUCAUUGUUGAAUCAACAAGGGCACAAAACUUGAAGCAGAAAUAAACAAUUAUUAAUAAACAGAAAUUUGAUUCUUCUUUUUUAUGGUAAAAUGUGUGUUACAUGAUACACUAGUACUUUAGCCCCAAAUUCCACAUUCCAUGAUCUUUAUUAAUAUACACAUUUCAUAAGGUAAAAGUUUUGCUUAUAUAUGUAGAAACGUCACUUGAUUUUAACUCCAUAUUUCUUACAUGAUAAAAUAUCUAAAAUUUUAUUCAAAGGAAGGAGGCAGUUACAGAGUUAUUUCAAGGAGAAAAAUAUUUGGUAGGGUUUCAGCUUUGCUGCUAUUAUAGUUGAUUUGCUCUACAAAAGAGAGCCAUGGGGUUGGUUACUAAACACAUUAAGAUGAUUUGUUUAGUUCUAGCUGAACACAAGGCAUGACUCUGGUCAGUUGUGAUUUAUAUAUUAAAUCAUGGUUAAGUCACAGUUCAGCACAAUAUGUGAAUCCAGGCAGAUAUUCUGUUAACCCAGCAUCAGCAGUUCCAUUGCUUUUCCAUUUCUAGACUAGUAACACACAAUUUGACUAAAAUCAGUUAAUACAUUAAAACUCAGUUAUAAGGAAAAGCUGUGUAUUUCUCUUACAGACAGAUUCUAUUACAUUGGUAAAAUUUGAAAGCUAAAUUUGGUACUCUUUUCAUUUGAGUUGAA